CGGAUGGAACACGACAGGCACCCAAAAAUAACGGAGAAACUGUCUCCAACAAAACAGAGUUUCGUCAUCGUCGUCGUCCUCACCAUCUCCUUUUCCUCUUCUUUCGUGGCAACGUGAUCUCCAUCUUUGUCUCGGACACAAAGUUUCGUCAACCCUUUUCGUCGCCUUCAAUUCCUACGCACUUCUGUACCAGGUCCCUCCCUCUCUCUCUCUCUCUCCCCGCUGCAUGUUGAUGUACGCACGUCUCUACGUGUGAUGCUUUAUGCAACAUUCGUCUUUCCCAGAUUUUGCAGAGGCAGGAACCAUCUGUGUAUAGAUAUAUGAAGCUCUGUUUGAUCUAUCUUUACCCUGUUCUUGUUUGUCCUCGUAAAAUUUCCAGCUCUAAACAAAUGUAGCCAAAAGCUUUGAUUUGUCAUGGAAAUCUUCGAAUCUUGCAAGAUAUUGCCUGUUAAUACGUGGCAUGCUAUUCAAGUUUGAGGCAUCUAAUCUGGGUUUAGCUCAAAAUUUUGUCUUUGUUUCUUGUUUUUUCCGUAACCCCUCUGCAGCUGUGUGAUUGAUGAGACCUAUUUGGAUGAGGUAAAAGCUGCGAAGGGAUCGUGAUAGGUUUUUGCUUUUAUGGGCAACGCAUGCCAAGGAUCUCUCCAUGAGAAAUACUUUCAGGGCUACGAUCAGCCCCUAGAGAAUUCCACCGAUCCCGGGAGGAACCCGCCAUCUGAUCGGUCCAAUUCUUGUCACUCGCUGUCUUGCUUGACCUCUCAGCAGCUCGUGGCGCCAGAGUUCGACGAGAAGAAAGAUAGCAGAAGUAACGAUAAUUUACCGCUCGUUAGUCCUAGUAAGAAAGAUAUCGUCAUGAGGAGGAGCGCUGAUAACCAGGCUUAUUAUGUAUUAGGCCAUAAAACCGCUAACAUCCGGGACCUCUACACGCUAGGUCGAAAGUUGGGGCAGGGUCAAUUCGGGACUACUUACUUAUGUACUGAGAUCGCCACGGGUAUUGACUAUGCGUGCAAGUCAAUCACAAAGCGGAAGUUGAUCGCUAGGGAGGAUGUGGAGGAUGUUAGGAGGGAGAUCCAGAUAAUGCACCAUUUGGCUGGUCAAAAGAAUAUCGUCAUGAUUAAGGGUGCGUACGAGGAUCCAUUGUACGUCCACAUCGUUAUGGAGCUCUGCUCUGGCGGUGAGCUGUUUGACCGGAUUAUCCAGAGGGGGCAUUAUAGUGAGAGGAAGGCCGCUGAGCUAACGAAAAUCAUUGUCGGCGUCGUUGAGGCUUGUCAUUCACUCGGAGUAAUGCAUAGGGACCUGAAGCCUGAAAAUUUUCUGCUGCUCAACAAGGACGACGAUUUCUCUCUCAAAGCCAUCGACUUUGGACUCUCCAUUUUCUUCAAACCAGGGCAAAUAUUCACUGAUGUGGUUGGAAGUCCAUAUUAUGUUGCCCCUGAGGUACUUCUAAAGCAUUAUGGGCCAGCAGCAGAUGUUUGGACAGCGGGUGUAAUAUUGUACAUCCUGUUGAGCGGUGUGCCUCCAUUUUGGGCAGAAACACAGCAGGGAAUCUUCGAUGCUGUGCUGAAGGGACACAUCGACUUCGACUCAGAUCCAUGGCCCCUAAUAUCUGACAGUGCAAAGGACCUGAUCAGGAAGAUGCUAUGCUGUCGACCAUCAAAUCGCUUGACAGCUCAUGAAGUAUUAUGCCAUCCAUGGAUAUGCGAGAAUGGAGUUGCCCCUGAUAGAGCACUAGAUCCAGCAGUUCUAUCUCGGCUCAAACAUUUCUCUGCAAUGAAUAAGUUAAAGAAGAUGGCUCUACGGGUAAUUGCUGAAAGUCUCUCCGAAGAGGAGAUUGCUGGUUUGAAAGAAAUGUUUAAAGCGAUGGAUACUGAUAACAGUGGAGCAAUCACCUUCGAUGAACUUAAAGCUGGCUUGCGAAGAUAUGGUUCCACGAUGAAGGACACGGAGAUACGUGAUCUCAUGGAUGCUGCUGAUGUGGACAACAGCGGAACAAUAGACUAUGGCGAAUUCAUAGCUGCAACGAUUCACCUUAACAAAUUUGAACGCGAAGAGCACCUAAUUGCAGCCUUUCAGUACUUUGACAAGGAUGGAAGUGGUUAUAUUACGGUCGAUGAGCUCCAGCAAGCUUGCGCCGAGCAUAAUAUGACUGAUGUUUUCAUUGAAGAUAUCAUCAGAGAAGUUGAUCAAGAUAAUGAUGGAAGAAUCGAUUAUGGUGAAUUCGUUGCCAUGAUGCAAAAGGGGAAUGCUGGAAUCGGGAGACGGACAAUGACAAACAGUUUAAACAUUAGCAUGAGAGGUCCGCAGGUUGCUCUGUAGCUUCCAGUUGAGAAUGUCCCGCAGAGUUUCUGACUGGAUGGAUAGCAGAAUUGGGAAGAGAGAUCAUGAUGAUUGCAGAAUGGAUUUACUCCCUCUCGGUGUGAAAUCCCGUCAGGUAGAUGGAAGUUCUAGUUCGUUUUGUAUGGAGCAUUUCCCUGUUAUUAUCUUGCGCCCUGUAUGAUUGAAGAUGGCAAUGUACCAUUGUACAUGUCUCUCAGUUAUUUGAGCUGCUAAAUUUUAGGAAAACUCUAUGUGGAGCCUUGUACUGUUCAGAAGGAAAAGUAACUAGAGUCAUCUGGCUUUCUUCGAUUCAUGGAUGUAAUAAAGUUCUGAACCCUUUUUGUAUC